ACAUAGUCUUAGCUUAUUUUCUUGGUGAUGUUGGAUGUGGAAAAACUGUUGUAGCUUUUCUUGCAUGCAUGGAGGUUAUUGGCUCUGGCUAUCAGGCUGCUUUCAUGGUUCCAACUGAGUUGCUUGCAAUCCAACAUUAUGAACAUUUGCUGAAGUUGCUCGAAAACAUGGAUGAGGUCACGUGCAAGCCAACUGUUGCUUUACUCACUGGUUCAACUCCACUAAAACAAACACGGAUGAUUCGUAAGGGUAUCCAGACCGGAGAAAUCUCCAUGGUGAUAGGAACCCACAGUUUGAUAGCAGAAAGUGUGGAAUUUUUAGCCUUACGUAUUGCUGUGGUGGAUGAGCAGCAUCGCUUUGGUGUGAUUCAAAGAGGAAGGUUUAACAGUAAGUUAUACUGUGCAUCUUCAAAUUCAAACAUGGAGGAUGCCAUUACAGAUGAUUCUGCAAAGAGUGAUGCUUAUAUGGCUCCACAUGUUCUUGCCAUGUCUGCUACUCCUAUCCCAAGAACACUUGCACUUGCUUUAUAUGGUGACAUGUCAUUGACACAGGUACUUAACUUAUCCUGUCCCAUUAUUUUAAUGCUAAAUAUCUUUUGACUCACUCCCUCUAGA